CACGGGGGCAGCGCCUGAGUAACGGAACACUGAGCCUUGGUCGCAGCCACACGCGGGGUCCGUGCCCUGAGCCCAGUGCCGCGGGGGAGCCGGGCGGGACGCGCGCACCAUGCCUUACCUGCUCAUCAGCACCCAGAUCCGCAUGGAGGUGGGCCCCACCAUGGUGGGCGAUGAGCACUCAGAUCCGGAGCUGAUGCAGCAUCUGGGGGCCUCCAAGAGAAGUGUCCUGGGCAACAACUUCUGGGAAUACUAUGUCAACGACCCUCCUCGAAUAGUCUUGGACAAGCUGGAACGCAGGGGCUUCCGCGUGUUGAGCAUGACAGGGGUGGGCCAGACCCUGGUGUGGUGCCUGCACAAGGAGUGACCUUCUCACACUGACUUGCGGAUGGGACACCUGUUCUUUGGAGGGCCCCAGCCUUGCCUCACUGACUGUCUGCUCUCUUCCCAAACUGUCACCUUCCUCAGCCAAGCACAGAUGGGCAGGGUUCACCUGGCCGCAGUCAGGGCAGGAGGGGAAGGCCCUGGCCCAGGCGUUACAUCGUCACCCAGCUACAGGCUGCCCACCCGGAGCAGAGUCCAGUGGAGGAGAGCCCAGGAGGGCUGGGUGGGUGCUGCAUGCUGUCCACGCCAAUAAAGGGCUCUAAUGAGUGGUUGCUCUGCUCUG